UCAAAUCGGUCACGUCACGUGAGCACGGCCCACUCGGAAAACACCUUUUCCUUUCCAGCCUUACGCUAGCGCACAGGUGAAGCUGAGGUAAAGAGCAGAUAACACGCAGGCCAUGUCCUCCUCCGCCUCCUCCUGCGGCGGCGGCUGCCGCUGCUCGUCGCCGUCGUCUUCUCCAUCCAUCUCCGCCGCCCCAACACCCUUCCCGUCCACCUCCAAAUCCAAGCCCAUCCUCACCAUCAAGCCCCAUGCCACCACACCCGCAAUCCCCAGAAUGUCCCUCGACCCUCGCAACUUCCACAGUCCUGCCCCCAAACCCGAACCCGAACCCGCCUCCUCCUCCUCCUCCUCCUCCCUCCUCACCGCCCUGACCGCCCUCCUGUGGGGGCCCUCCCUCCCGCCGGGCCUCCUCGUCACCACCGUCCGCUCCGCCUGGACCGCCGCCUGGCGCGUCAUGAUGUCCCAGCUCGCCCCGUCCGACCCCUCCGGCCGCUACGCCCGCCCCGCCUCCCGCUUCCGCCUCGCCGGCCCCUCCGGCCCGAGGCCCGGCGGCCUCCACCUCUACGUGGGCCUCCCCUGCCCGUGGGCCCACCGGGCGCUCGUCGUCCGGGCCCUGAAGGGCCUCGAGGAGGCCGUGCCGGUGUCCGUGGCGUUCCCCGGCGCGGACGGCUCGUGGGAGUUCCGGGACACGCCCGGCCCGGGAGGCGGCGACCUGGCCCCGGGCCGGGACAGGGUCAAUAGGCGCAGGAACCUCAGGGAGGUGUACGGGCUGCGGAGGGGAGGGUACAGUGGGCGUUGCACCGUGCCGAUGCUGUGGGACGUGGACCGGAACGACGUGGCGUGCAACGAGAGCUACGAUAUCAUCAGGUUGUUCAAUUCGGGCCUGAACGGGCUGGCCGGAAACCCGGAGGUGGAUCUCUCGCCGCCCGAAUUGGAGGCCGAGAUCGAAGAUUGGAACCGGGUGAUCUAUCCCGGUGUGAACAACGGAGUGUACAGGUGCGGGUUCGCGCAGAGCCAAGAAGCGUAUGACGCGGCGGUGAACGAGUUGUUCCGCACCCUGGACAUCUUGGAUGAUCAUUUGAGCCGAUCCCGGUACUUGUGCGGCGACAGACUGACCCUUGCGGAUGUGUGCCUGUUCACGACCUUGGUUCGGUUCGAUCUCGUGUACACUGUGCUCUUCAAGUGCACGAAGAAGAAACUGGUGGAGUACCCCAACCUUCAUGGGUACAUGCGGGACAUUUAUCAGGUGCCAAAAGUGGCGGCGACAUGUGACUUCGACGCAAUCAUCGAUGGUUACUACAGAUUUCUUUUUCCUCUAAACCCGGGCAACAUCAAGCCAGCCAUGCCUUCAGCUUUCACGUGUGAUGCUUUGUUCGAGCCCCACGGCAGGGAAAGAUUGUCAUCACAAAGUAGAGGGACUUUGGUUAACUCGUAAUCCGACACGCCUCCCCAGUUAAACUGCAGAUAGAUAUGGCUUGUACACAUUCUGUAUUAGAAGCAAUGCUCGAGUAGAGUAUGUUUCACACC